AAUUAGUUUCCCACUUAACUACUAGCACAAGCAUAAGCAUAAGCAUAAGAGAGAGAUUUCUCCCUAUAUUUGAAGUCCAGUCGUCACUUUCACGCGGACACAGAUAGAUAGCUCAUCUCCAUCGAACAAUUUUUCAGACCCUAAUUAUCUUUCUCCUUUUUUUUUAUUCUCUUUCCAAUUCACAUCCCAGUUGAGGCGAAACCCAGUUGAGAAGGAGGAGGAGGAGAAUUGAGUUUUUCGAAGAAGCUUUUCUUUCUAGAAAUUCAGUCAUAAAAGAGCAAAAGUCUUGUCUUUUUCGGUUUUGCUUUUGGGUAAGCGGUUAUGGCGAAUUGAGUAUGAAACUCGAACAUGACAUAGCUAGUAAGUUUGUUAAUUUGCUUUGCAGAGUGGCGUUUUGUGUUUGGUUUCGUCUCUGAACAGAAAAGAAAAAGAGAGAGAACAGAAAAAGUUACGCCUUUUUAUUCACUUUUAAGUCUCUGCUUUUACCCUUUUUCUCCCACUGAAAAGCUCAGGGUCUGUCAAAAACCCUGGAAAACUUUUUUCAAAUCCAAAAACCCAUUUACUUUCUUGUAUUCAGAAUCCAGUUUUCUCAUAUUUAAAGACGAAAAGAAAGUACUGAACCAAAAAAAAAGAACAAAAAAACUUCGCUGUUGGGUUUACCCUGUAAAACAUUCCUCAGACUAAACUUCUCUGUUCUGAGUUUGAUAUAAUCCCAAUUCAAGCCUUCACAACCAAAAUUGUUUUAAUCUGAUACAAACCCACUUUACAAAACACCCUAUAAAACUAAUAUUUUCUAUCUCUGUUACUUUUCCUUUCUGGGUUUCUGAAAAGAACAAAAUCUUUUCUCUUUUUUGGGGUCCCGAAGAUGCAAGACCCUGCAACAUUCGAACCCAUCAAAGCCCAUUUUCCAGAACAAGAAACUCUGAAAUGUCCAAGAUGUGAGUCCAUGAACACCAAAUUCUGCUACUACAAUAACUAUAAUCUUUCACAGCCUCGUCACUUCUGCAAGAACUGCCGGAGGUACUGGACCAAAGGGGGUGCUCUUAGGAACAUUCCGGUUGGGGGUGGGAGCCGUAAGAAUACGAAGAGAUCGUCCAACCCGAAGCGAUCCACACCAACUUCCUCCUCUUCUCUUACAAGCUCAUCGACCCAGAACCCGGAUCCACAGCCCGAAACAACCCGAGUUUACGGUUCGCCUGUUGAUCAAGACCGUCGGCUGCUAGACCUCCCAGGAAGCUUCAGCUCACUGCUGACGUCGAAUGGGCAGUUUGGAGGAGGUAUCAUGGAGGGGAUAAACCCCAACGGGUCGGGUGUGAAAAUGGGGCGGAUGAGUGAAGGUGUGAAUUCGGGUCCUGAGCUGAACUCUGAUUCGGGUCAGAGCUUGGGGAUGGAGGUCCAGAGCAGUAGCAAUUCAGAGAGCUAUUUAAGCCUUCAAAACGGUGAUUCCAACUGUUGGGGAGGAGGACAUGGGUGGCCAGACCUUGCCAUUUACACUCCAGGUUCAAGUUUUCAGUAGAAAUGAAAAAAAGAGUAAAAGUGUUUGCUUUUGCUUAAAAUUUCUUUUUCUCUUAUGGUAUUGAUUAUAGUACUUUUGCUACUUAGAAACUACAAUGGCCAAGUAAAUUGGAGCAAAAAAAAAAAAAAAGAAGGCUCAAAGUUUUAAUUGUAGUAUUAUUCUCUAAUGUUAUAGAGUGUGAGACAUUACCACAAUGUCGUGCCAUCCCAUACCAUACCUCUAGCAUUCUAUGUAUAACGGUAUCAUGAUCCUUUGUUCUUUUGAGUGGUUUUUGUUUGUAUGAUGUAUGUUAUAUUUUUAUAUAUAUAACCUACAAAAUAUAAUUCUGAUGCUAA